GACCACACGCCACAUUUUCCAUAUCCGCCUCAAUCCCAAUCGCUUUCCUCUCUCUCUCUCUCUCUCUCUCUCUCCCUCCCUCUCUCGCUUUCUCUCGUUCGUCCGCUCGCCAAGAUGCCCGGACACCGCAGAAACGCCUCUCUCCGGAACAUCGUCCUCCUGGGCCUGCCGCUCGCCGGUGCCUUUGUCGUCCCCGAUCAGCACGACGUCUCCAACGCUCUCCAGAACCGUGCUCACCCCGUCGUUCGCGAUGGCGUAGAGGCCGUGUCGGGAGCCUACGAGGCCGCCUCCCACUGGGUCGCCGGCAAGGUCGAUGUCGUCAAGAGGCAGGCAAGUGAUGCCAGCAGCGCUGCCGAGGCUCCCGCGACCUCUGCUGCUGCCCCUGCUGCAGACAGCUCGUCCGCCGUUGCCGAGACGUCGGCCGCGGUUGCGCCCACCUCGCAGGCGGCCUCGCAGGCGGCCUCAUCCGCGGCGGCCCCCAGCCCCAGCACGACGGCCGAAGAGGCUAGCACCACCGUCGCACCCAGCAGCACCGCAGCACCUACCAGCCAGGCGGCGCCUACCAGCGCAGAGGCGACGACGGAAACGACAUCUGCUUCCGAGCAAAGCUCGGCUAUCCCAAGUACGUCUGUUUCCGCUCCCUCUUCCACUGCUGCCCCGUCCACCACGGCCGAACCCUCGACCACUGCCCCGAGCACCACUGCCCCGAGCACCACUGCCCGCACAAGUGCUCCUUCAUCCGAGGCAUCUUCCCAAGCUUCCCGGUCGACUACUGCUGCCGCAUCAUCCACAGGUGCGUCCGAAUCGAGCCAAUCCACCUCCGAGGCCUCCCCUUCUUCCACCCAGGCAUCUUCGACUGAUGCGUCCUCUACGGAUGCAUCCUCCACGGAUGCCUCCUCCGCCCGGACCUCAGCUUCGGCCUCGGAAUCCACCCGCACCUCUGGCUCUAACCCCUCUACCACCGCUCGCGCUUCAGAAUCGUCAUCUGGUUCGAGUACUGACUCGGUCGCGUCUUCCACAGCCCAGGAAACCACAGCGACGGUCAUUAGCACCGCCGAUUCCACCACUACCGAGUCUUCCAAGACUACGGCCAAGACUACCGCUAAAGCCACGACCACGGUGGCUUCCACCAAGGUCCGCACUUCGACGCAGGCCAUCGUGAUCCCCGUUACGAUCUCUACGACUGACCGUGAGGGCCGCACCGUCACUGUCACUUCUUCCGCCCUUGACCGCGCCACCGCCAGUGUCACCACGGAUGUCACGACGACCAACACCAAGGGCAAGACUGUGACUGUUCGCACGACUGCCCCAGCCGUUGUUCACACGACUACCGACGCCCAGGGUGCCACGGUCACCACGACCUCGCGUGCCCAGGUGUACAAGGCCCCGACCUUCACUUCGGGCCAAGUCGUCAGCACGACCAACGACCAGGGCUCCACCAUGGUUACCACGUACACGCCCGAUGGCGGUAGCGUCAGCAGCCUUGUCCUGCAGACGACGACGCUUGACGACGGUAGCCUGCAGACGCUGACCAGCUACGCUACGGUUGCCGCCGCCAGCGCGACCGAUGCUGACGCGACCACCGAGGCCCCCAGUCUUCAGACUGGCAACUCGGCGGCCCACCAACUGGGUAGCAAGAUGGCCGCUGCUGCGGCCGCCGGUCUUGCCGGUGCCGCGUUCAUGCUUUAAAAGGGUGAAAAAACAGUGGUUUUUAUGUGAUUUAUUUGUACAGUUUCUCAUAUACACAUUCCUUUUAUGCACAGCGAACGGAUGGACGGAUCUCAAGGAUUAUGGGCUGUUUUUUUCUUCUUCGAAAUCUUUUCUCUCUCUACUUAAUACGGGAGGAAUCACGGGGGGAAACAGGGCAUAGUCUCCU